AUGAAUAUACUGCGCGCACAAACUACUAGCUCAAGUGACGACCGUGCACUUGCCAGCAGCCACAGGAAAACGACAAAGCUCCGAGGCACCCUCAAUUUCGAUUUCCGCAUUCUUGAAGAUUCUGACGAUACCAUACUUCAGGUGGAAAACACAUGUGAUUCUGACAAUGAAGCCCACAUUAUGACUCCCACUGAUACGACCGUCGAUGUCCUUGAUUAUGAUGGUGUCCUUGAUUAUGAUGGUGUCCUUGAUUAUGAUGGUGUCGACGAUGCCGCCACCUUUGAUGAAUUCUACUCCGUCGAGGCUACACCACUUGCUUCCCUUCUUAUCCAGAGCACAUCAGCCUGGCAGGACUCUCUGACAACCGAUGUUUCAUCGUCCAACCGAGAUUUUCUACCCUCAAUCAAAUCAAACACGGAAGAGGUGGUCGUUUCCGAAAACAAUACACUGCGAUCCCCGAUUCGUGAGGAAUACGACUCUACUUCAAUCGAUGAAGCGUCAUUAGUACGAUCUAAUUCUGAACACGAUUUCCCCUCUUUUCCCACUGAUGGCUUACGUGGUGAUGAGUCGGAUCUCCUCAAUCAAAUUCCGGGAAUGUAUAGACUUUUGGAUCUUAUUCUGGAACAAGGGAGCGGCGGCUUGGUUGACAAAAUUGUCAUCCCUCAACAUUCUCUUGGCCAACUUAUCAAUGCACUGCAACCGGGAGCCUACACGUCGAUGACUAAGAUUGACUUCAAGGCUCUCGAUCUCACGAGUAUCAAACCUGUUGGCGUCUACGGGAGUAGGCCCGAAAUCGUCAAGCUACUUGCCAAUACCGGUGUUAUCAAUGAGCAAGGAGCCGAUCUACUCCUUCGAUCCAAUAAUGAUCAGUCCGGUUCCAAGAACGCUGAUCUCCGUUCCGGCUUAUACUUUGUUGUCCGACCUGUUUCCGCACUUGUCAACAACGAAGUCAAGGCGUUCGUCGUAUACUGGCCUGAAGCGACCACUUGGGAGGAUGGUGCCACUUCUUCCGUUACGAAGAAUCGUGCCACGUUCAUGAGAUACAUGUCAAAGCUCGUAGACCAGACGAUAGCAGUUAUAUCACCAGAGCAAUCCAAAUUAUUCAACUGGAAAGCUCAAGACUCAUCGCUGGAUGCGGGAGACGAUGAGCUCGAUGAUGAUCAUGGGAGAAUGUUCGCAUUCCAAGUUGCUCAGACUUGCGAUGAGACGGAGAGCGUUACAUCUAGGGAUGGAUUCAAGGUCUUUUUAACGGACGUCACCUUUUCCAACGACCCCACGCUUCUUGCUUAUCUUGCGGACCACAAGCUUGGGGCUUCAGUAAUGGCUGGGGAGACGGCGUGCGGUUUCAUGACCUCAACUUAUGUCUCGGCAAAAGAACGUAAAGAGUACUUGAACGAGGCUAUGGACCGCACUUCUUCAAUCCACCUCCCAAGCUCAUUGGAUGAAGAGACUCUCUCGUUCCUACUUGACAAUGGCUUGCGACAAAGGUUUCCGGCAAUCUGCGAACAGUUUAAGUGCCGCCGUCGAGAACUGAAGGAAGCUCAAAGGUGUGUUGCGACCGAAGAACGCAGGAAGGUUCACAAGGGCCUAAGGGCCUAUGAGGAAGAUUGUCUCUCCGCUAUCACCGUAGCGUUGCGAAGGGAGGUGUUACACACGUAUCCAACCAUCCCAUUAGCCAUAGCUGAGAACCCUACCCAAGUUCACGAUGCUUUAGUCGCCGAUAUCCUCGAUUAUGGAGGCGACGCUCCCGUUCUGCGAGAGAGAGGAAUCCAACUCUCCUGGUGGAAAUCUGCUUUUGGCUGGCAGACAGACCAGGUUGCGGUUGCAAAGGCCGAAGCCCAGGCUAUGAGUGACACGACCUUCCUAGAGUGGCUCUCAAGCGAGGAAAAAAGCAUCCCGACGUUAGCAGUAGUGCGAGAAGGCAUCGCUCAAAUUAUGGAAGAACUGAUUGGCAAGGCCGCUAAGGAUGCCGCGCGCUCUCUAGCGAGCUCGCGUCUUGACGAUGCGCUCGCUCCAAUCGCUUCACGUCAAGGGAAAGAACUCUCUAGGUUUCAGACCAGAUUCAUCGAGGAUGUCCAAGCCGAGCUCGCGGGCGACCCAACAAGCUCGACUGUAUUCCAUUUGGAAUCGAUGGAGAUGCAGAAGCAUUCUUAUGCACAAAGCGUGAGAGUCUGUGGUUGGCGCGUCAUUCAAGAAACACCCCGAAUCCAGUACAAGGUGUUUCCUUUCAGUCUCACUCAAGCGGAUGAGCAAUCAUUACGCCUUGAUACCAAUCACAUUCCUAUCCCUCGUGUACAAGGCCAUUAUGCGCAGGUAUUUUUAUUACCGUUGAAUCAGAAACUCAGACCAGAACAGGCACAUCCAGAGGAUCGGAAGGCGAUUACUCGCGAUCAAACCAAAAAGAAGAUAUAUUUCUCUAAGCUGUCCAAGGAUUUUGUUACGGCAUUUGAUGAAGGGAGGCGGCUAUUGGCCCUAUGUGGUGUGACACUGAGUCACGAAGCUCAGUUGCAAGUUCAAAUAUUUGUGUUCGACAAACAAUUCACUUCGCUGAGUGCUCGUGGCUCUCCAAUUCAGCUUCUGCGAUGGCUUUUGCAGUGCCGAUUUUCUGUCCGUGAAGACACUGCAGCAGCUAGCCAUUUUUCCACACCUGAUGGGUCCUGCCUUCUUGCGGUGACAACCGGCGACGACGGAACGUCUACAUUGGCAGCCUAUCACUGGUCUUCUUUCGGUUCCAAUCAGGAUGGUAUUCGUAUCCUUCUUUCGUCGAUGCCCAUACAUGUGUCAUUCGGUGUCACAAGCUUAGGUCCUCGUUCUGCUGUUCACUUGGUUGGCUUGUCAGAAUCCUCGCGCAGCAUCCAUUCGGUAGUCUUACAAAUUCAAAGAAAAUCUAGCGAGUAUCAGUUCAAGCAACUUGGGCAUGGCGUUGCGGAAACCGACCAGUCGGAAACUACUGACAAUUGCCUACUUGACUGCCACUUAGACGUUUGGACUCGAUUCCCUGUCCAAGCUGCUAUCCAGAGGGAGAACAUCAGUUUUUCUAGGCGCUGCAGGCGAUCACUCACAUUCUUGACUGAUGGUCACACGGCUCCUGUUGCUGCAUACUACGAAAAACUUGUCGGCUCACUGCAGAGUCGCGUUCACAAACCAUCCGGCGCCUGGCUCUCAGAUAUCAAAGUGUCUGCCACCCUCGAUGUACAUUCGGUUUGUGAGGACAUGUCGGUCUCCCUUUACUCUGCUGGAGAAUGGGUCGUCGAGCUACUGUGCCUGAUUCCGCUGCAUCUCGCUGAUGAGCAUGGCUUUUCAGUAUUCUUUGACCGUUCGGCAUACUUAGGACCGACCGAUCCCGAUCCGUUCGGCGAUCUCAGCCAUUUGUCAGGUGCCGACUUUCCAUUUAGACCUCCGCACAGUCGUUCGGAGCUGUUCACAGUCAUCCUAUCCAUCUAUCAUCACUCUCAGCAGUAG